AUGAGCGUGGCCGAGUCAACAACCAUCGGCUCAGAAUACGAACCGCGAGUCGACGGGGGCAUGGUGAAGCCGGCCUCACAAGUUGGUGCUGACAUUGAGGAGCGAGACUCUAUUGACAGUAUGCUCUCGAUGAACUUUUCCACGCCGCUUGCCGGUCCGGCGCGCGCUGAGAAGAUAAAACAAAUGUCCAAAAACCAUGCUGCGUUUGAAAAGUCGCGCUCUAUGCAGCAGGUUCUAGUCAAGAUUCAGCAGUCGUUACGCCGCAUGCCAGGCGUGUCGUCGGCCGAGUCGUCGGAGAUUGUCCUGCAGCUGCAGGAGAUUGGGCAAAUCGUGAGCCGCGAGACGAGCGACCUCGUCGACGCCGUGAUGAACCUGACGCUGGACCAAGAGGACACGGACAAGGCGGUCGCGCGCAUGGGCAUCGAGGCCAACAUUGCGAAAGCCAAGAUUGACGAACAAAAUAACACGAUUCAGCAGUUGGAGGCGCAGCUGAGGGAGGAGAUGGGAAGAAAGACUUCGGUUGGCCAGGGUGACGAGCAGAUCUCGGACAGCAGCAGAAAUCGUCAAGGCAAUGGAGACGUGGACGAGCUGAUCAAGGCUCUCAAAGAGACGAAUAGACAUCUGGAAGAGCAAGUGAAUGGACGCCGCUCCCUCUGGGUCAUGAAGCACCCUGACGAGCAGUCGCUCGCUCGCGCCAUCGAGACGCUUCGCGACUCCGCAGACGGCUUUCCUGUCGCCCAAAGCGCGCUCAUCUCACUUCGGCAGACCAUCAACCGCGCCAACAGUAGCAGUCAUGGGGCCGCUGGAGAUACACGCCAGGACUACAGCCGGCCCAGCGAUAUGGAUCACGGCAUGACCUCGCCCGACUUCUAUUCGAGGCCACCUGCACAGCCGCCCAUUGGCAGUCUGCGAGGCGCGAGUGGUCCUCCUCGUCCGCCUUCUACCGCGCCGUAUGCUUCUCGUCGAGGCAACAACAACCCCGCCUUGGCCUCGGCCGCAUGGGACCAGCCGCCACCAAUGUCUGCGACCACAUCCCGUGGCGCGUCCUCUUCCAUGAGCAGCGGAGCGAGCAGCUUUACGCUGUCGUCGUUUAGUCGCGGCGGCUCCGUCGGUCGCAAAGCGGCGCAGGGCGGGAACAGCUCCCACUUCAGUCCCGGUGCCGCCGAGUUCUAUCCCUGGAAUCCGUCGUCUGGUGAUCAUGGGAACAACGGCGGCGGAUGCCGUCAUGCGUCCACGUCCUUUGGCAACGGUGCUGCUGCUGCUGCCAGUUCUGCUGCCUCGAGCAAUGGCAAUAACAACAAUUCGCGCGACUACUACCCACGCACACCGACCGCUGCCUCGCGCGGCCGCUACGGCCGCCUCCAGGAAGCGCCUCCGUCUGCCGGCUCCGAUACCCCCGGAGGCGGCGUAAGCCUAGUCGGAAACAGCAGCAGCAAUCCCAUCAGUAACAACCACAACGCCGCCAUGAUGAAUCGCAGUAGCAGUAGCAGCCUGGUCCCGGCGCCAGCACCGUCGUCGUUCAUCGCACCGCUGGUGCACAUGAAUGAGCGGUCGGUGGCGGCCUGGCAUGAGGGUAUCAUGGAUUUUUACGCCGUGAUCCGGGCGUUUGUCGAGCGCCACGCGAGCCAGCCCGACCACGCGUCGUCGAUGAAGAUGAGCUCGACGGGGCUCUGGCCCAUCCUGCUGGCGACGUACCACCCGCUGUCGAGCGCCGAGGCGGCGUCGUACCUCGAGUACCACUUGCGCAACGAAAAUUCGAAAGCGUGCCUCGUCACUCGCGUCAUGAUUGACUACAUUGUGAAUCGUGUUUGGACGCCAGCGGCGUGGAGCGGCGCGGACGACGAGUCGACGUAUGCGCUCAUGGAGCUGGAACGGGACAUGGAGAGAAUGCUGGGCCAGCCGUCCGCUUUCCGUCAGCCGCUCCUCGACAGGCAGGCGGCCAUUAUCGACGCCAUUCUGGCGCGAGAGCACGACUCGUCUUUCCACAAGGCAAAGGUGGACGAGAUGGCGAGCACGCUCCUCGCCAACCUGCAGCCGCUGCUCAACCGGCUGGCCAACCCGGCCGACGCCUACCGCGACAUGGCGCAGGUCGCCCAGCAUGCGUGGGCGCUGUCGUCGCGCAUCCUCACGUCCCGGCUCACGUUUGACUUUCGGUUUCCCGAGAUUGGCAGCCGCUUCUCAAGCCAGUCCAUGCUGCCCAUCUGGCCGCGCAUGGACCCCUUUGAGCUGCAGGCCAAGCACUGGCGCGUCGCGCUCGUCACGACGCCGGUGAUUACAUGCCGCAACGACACGGGCACCAACAUUUCGGCGCACUCGGUGUCUUUGGCUGAUGUGUUUUGCAUGCACUAG